UAAACUUAUUUUGAGCGUCAAUUUUUAAUUUUGAUAAUGAAUUCAAAUACGUUAAAUGAUUUUUUCUCUGAUAGUAUUUUAAAUAAUGUUUGUUUAAGUGGAUCCUCAAUUAAAGAAAAGAUAACAAACUAUAUAGUCCCAUUGCAAUGUGAAGGCUUAUCAGAAAGACUGUCUGGUUUAAAAUUAAUAACUAAUGAGCUUUUACCAGUACUAGCAGAGGAAAACUUGUCUGAUGUUUUCGAGCAUGUAAUGCCCUGUUCGAAUUCAAUUAUGGGUUUGCUAUUAGACAGAGUGGUAGAUCUUGUAAAUUCUGAAAAUCAUAAAGACUCUGGGUGCACUUUGCAAAAUAUUAGGGAAUAUUUAAAGAUGGCUUUAGAAGUAACUCAGAAUAUUUAUAACAUAUUAGAGUAUAUAAAUAAAAAUAAAGUGAAUGUUCUAACUGUUUUAAAAGAUUUACCAAAGAACGUAUUUGAAAUUGUAUUGAAAAUCUUUGCUCAUUGCAAGGAAAGCAAAAAUAUUUACAAGAAUUAUUUUGAUUCAUUGGGUGAAAUAAUAAAUUUGUUUAAGCAAGGGCAAGAAGUAAACUCAAAAUUGAUAUCAUUACUGGAAAAGCAAUUAGUAUUUAAUAAUUUAAGUUCUGAAGAUGAAAAAACAUUGGAAAAAGUUAUCAAGUUAUUAGGGGAAAUAGGAGAAACUGUGUCAGGGAUGAAUGCAAAAGCAACCCUGCAAACAUGGAAAGCCUACAUAAAUUUAUUACAGAAACAUUUAGAUAAUGCAGAAGAGUGUAAUGUGUCAAUAUCUCAACCUUUACAUUUUUUUGCUAAUGAAGUUAAGACUAAUAUUAAUUUGAUAUUAGAGUUGAUUUCAAAUGAACCUGAUGCAACAAAUUUACAGCAAACUCUGAAGAUUACAAGCUUUUUAGUAAAAAUUGCUUGCAAAAUCUGCACUUUUCAAAAGAAUAAAAAUUCAUAUGUGCAAAUAAUAAGUUUCUUAUCUACAAUUUAUUGUUUUAGUCCAUCUUAUAUUGAAUAUAAAAAUUAUCCAGAAAAUGUUAUAAAUUUACUAAAUACUUCUGUGUUUGAACUUUGUGAUAGUUUGUGUCGAGAACUUUUUAAAGACAACAAAUUUCAUGAGAUUCUACAGGAUGUCCAAAAUUCAAAACGAUUUAUUAACGACGAUAUUAAAGGCUAUGUAGUUUUAAUAUUUUUUAUAUUGGACCUUAUUCAGAACUUGAAUACUAAAAGCGAGGUGAAAACUUCAUCAUUUAAUUUGCAUAAAUAUAUUCAACUUUCAUUUACUCUUGUGGAUAAUGAGGACGACGUGUUUUUUGAAGAUUUGUUAAUUUAUUCAAAAUUUCCUGAUAUAAAUAAUUUGUACGAUGUUCUGGUAUUAAAGUGUGCACUUUUAUUUAAUUGUAUGACCGUCGAUGAGGUAAAUAAGUCUGAAAAUAUUCUCUUGAGCGAAAUUUUGUCCCAAAACGUGGGGCAUGCAUUAAUGGCUACUGAUGUAUGGAUUAGCGUAAUUAGUUUCAGCUUACCUGAAAAUAGCUAUGGUUUGUUAUGCAAUUUAGUGGAGAAAAGUUUUGAGCUGUUCUCUGUAACUUUUUGCGAAAGACCUGAAUCUGUUCUUUUGGGAAAUUUUCUUUCCCGAAUCUUUUCAGAAUUGCCAGUUAAUUAUAAAACGAAAUUUGUUGAAAAAUAUUCUCCUCACGAUAAAGCCUUUUUGUGGAAAUAUAUUAAACUUUCAAAUAUACCUCAAUCAUCAAAUAUAAUCGAUUGCCUAUUAAGGAAGUUUUUGGAAAAUUCAAAAAUGUUGUAUUCAAAGAAUAUAUCACAACAGGAGUUUGCUUAUUUGCUACGUUUGAAGAAACCUCUGUGGACAUAAAUUUUGUUAAAAAUGAGCUGAUUAAGUUGUGGGCAAUUAAUACAAAUGACGAAGA